CUGCGGAGCGGGCCGGGGGCUCGGAUGGGCAGGGCUGGGUCCCCGGGGCUCUGCUGCUGAGGGCUCAGAGGGGCAGGGCUGGGUCCCCGGGGCUCUGCUGCUGGGGCUGAGCCCCCAGGAUGACAGCACGGGGUCCCUGGGGUGCUGGUGACUGAGGGUUUUUGGCAGGGACAGGGCUGCUGGCCAGUCCCUGCUGGGUUGCCCAGGACUCCGGGGCCCUGGGACUGCCCGCAGCCCCUGAGUGCUGCAGCUGGGCCCUGCCAGGGUUUUUGGGUGGUUUGGGGUGCAGCUGGGGCUCAGAGAUGAGCAGUGAGGAGCCACAGGUGCUGGUGGGUGCUGGGGUACGUGGCCCUGCAGCCCUCAGUGCUGCCAGCUCUGCCCCAGCUGCCCUGCAGUGUCCUCAGUGCUGGUAUUUGCAGAGAGAGGAAAUAUUCUCCCCCCAGCAAUGUAAUCUCUUCUCUCACUUGGUGGGCAGCACUUGCAGGUGCAGCAAGCACCAGCUUUGGGUAUCCAGAGACUGACCCCACUCCAGGAACUUCAGCUCCUUGAGAUCAUGUGCAAUUAUUUCCAAGAGCAGACCAAGGAUUCAGUCCGGCAGGUCAUCUUUUCAUCUCUCUUCAGCCCCCAGGGGAACAAAGCAGAUGACAGCAGGAUGGCUCUGCUGGGGAAGCUGGUCUCCAUGGCAGUGGCUGUCUGCAGGGUUCCUGUGCUGGACUGUGCUGCCUUCUGGCUGCAGAGGACCCCAGCUGUGUUCUGUGUGAGGCUGGCCCGAGCCCUGGUGGAUGACUACUGCAACCUGGUGCCAGGCUCCAUCCAGACCCUGAAGCAGAUCUUCACUGCCAGCCCUCGCUUCUGCUGCCAGUUCAUCACUUCAGUCACAGCUCUCUACGACCUCUCCUCAGAUGACCUGAUCCCUCCCUCGGACCUGCUGGAGCUGAUUGUCUCGUGGAUCUUUGAGGACCCUCGCCUGAUCCUCAUCACCUUCCUGAACACCCCCAUUGCAGCCAGCCUGCCCAUGGGCUUCCUGGAGCUCACCCCGCUCACCGGCCUCAUCCGCUGGUGCGUCAAGGCUCCCCUGGCCUACAAGAGGAAGAAGAAGGCCUCUCUCUCCAAUGGACACGCUCCCAACAAAAUUGCCAAGGACUCGCCUUCAGGAGAAGACAGGGAUUGCCACCAGCUGUAUUCCAAGCUGCAUCUGAGUGUCCUGCAGGUUCUAAUGAUGCUCCAGGGGCAUUUGACAGAGAAAAACCUUUAUGGGCGCCUGGGGCUGGUGCCCUUUGACCACGUGGUUCCCCUGGUGGAGGACAUUAACAGACUGUCUGAUGAACUCAAUCCUCUCAAUGCAUCCAAAGAGAUUGAACUUGCUCUGGACAGGCUGGCUCAGGCUUUGCAAGUGGCCAUGGCAUCAGGAGCUCUCCUGUGCACCAGAGAUGACUUGAGGACUGUGUGCUCCAGGCUACCACAUAACAACCUGCUGCAGCUGGUGAUGUCGGGCCCGGUGCAGCAGCCGGCGCACGGGGCGCUGCCGCCGGGCUUCUACCCGCACAUCCACACGCCGCCGCUGGGCUACCCCGCGCUGCCCGCGCACCCCGUGCAGACCUUCCUGCCGGCCGUGCCCUUCCCCUACCGGCCCAUCCGCUAGCCCAGCCCCGCCGACAGAGCCCAAACACAGCCGGGAGUCGCCUUUUCCUGCUCGGAGCAGAGCCGGCUCCGCCCGGCGGGAUGCAGCUCCCGGGCAAAACCGGGGAGACAUCAGCUCCAGACUCCGCAGUGUCUUUGCUGCUGCUCCCUGGUGUCUUUGCAGCAGGGUGAGCCCGGCUGAUCCUCCUGAGGGAGGGCCACAAGGGAAGGCCUUGUGUGAUUUGUUUUUUUUUUUUUUUCCCGAGCUAUUCCACUCCAGGCUGCUUGUUUCUUUGUAAAUGUUUGUAUCUAUAGCUACAGAGUAUGUGUACACUGUAUAUUUUUGGAAAGGCAAACGUUUGUUUCUGAAGCACAAGGUAGAGUAAAGCAGCACUUCCUAUUAAAGGAAACCAUUUAAGAAGCAUAAAAGAAGUCUGCUGCUUUCUUUUGUGAACAAUUUCAAGCAGUUGGAUUUUUCUCUUUCCAGUGAUUAGAAGGUCCAAUUUGUCAGGCCUGUGCUGGGCUGGGGACAAAA